AUGGUUUUUAUGCGAAGUGUUCGGCUCUUAAUUAAGAGAUUUUGUUUUAAAAUAAGUCAGUGGAGCAUUCAAAGUCCAUCGAUAUGCAUUACGCUAGCCGCAUUGAUAUUUUUCACUUUGUCAUUCCCUGUUCUCUUCCGAACCUCAGAUUUCGGUGUUUUCGCUGGAGGGUAUUUUGGUAAAGUUGAUGUUAGACCAGUGGUUGAGAAUGAGACCGACUUCUUUUCGCUUGCACAAAUAUAUUACAGACGACAUGACGACCAGAACGUUUUGCGACGAGAUUUUCUGCUCAAAGCUCUUGCUCUUGAAAAGCAUAUGUUGUCCAAUGUGUCCAACAACGUCGUGGAUUUUGUAGAGUCACCUUUCCGCUUAUGGAAUAAUAGCCUCCCCACCGUGCAAGCAGACGCAUCACCUUUAAGAACCAUAAAUCUGAAUUCACGCCAAUUGUCUCGGGGCGUAUUCCGCAACGUGUUGAAAGUCAACACCUACGUUUCUGCGGCAAAAGCGCUUGUAACGUCCCUCAUCACGCGAGAAACGAACUCCAAAAUUCUUCUGGAGGCUCUUUCUGAUAACGCGGCCAGACUAAACGCUAUCUCUAACGUCACUCAUUUCAGCAUUUUAAGUGCGACUGGGAAUGGUGAGCAAGCAACGACUAAUGAUCUUGUUGAGAUCUCCGUCACUGGAGUGAAUAAAGCCGAUUACGCUAUCUUGGCAUUCCUUUUCAUAUUCGUCACUUACACGUUUGUGCGUUCAGAGUUUGAAAGGUGGCCCUUGAAAUUUCGAGCAACGAUAGCCAUUGCCACCUCUGUUGGAUUGUUGUUUAGUAUUGCUUCGUCACUGACAUUGACACAUUUGGCAUUCAAAAACUGUGGGGAAAAUGUGCCUCUCAUUUUUAUGGUUGUACCAGUUUUGGUUUAUGCAUUAGAUGGCGAAGCCCGAUUUUUGAGGAAUACCGCUUGGUUGUUUUCACAUGACGUUGAAGAUAGCUUGGAGAUAAGAUCUCUAGAAUUCUUACAACGUACUUACUUGAAGGCCACCUUCACAGCGUGCUACGAGUCACUGAAGGGGAUUACUGCCAUGCAUUUUGUUUGCUGCUUGAUGUUUCCUUUCAAUGGGAAAGCUUCGAUGUUCAUUGUCUCAGCUACAUUAAUACACUUUAUCUUGCGCUUUACUUUCGGAACUGCGCUAAUCAGUUUGGAUAUCAACCGUCUACGAAAUCAUGAUUUUUACGUGGAUCGAGGAGUUCCAACUUUGGACACAAACAAGUCUUCCCCACAUAACAGACUAACGCAUCAAAUCAAGCAAUACCUUUUCAGCCGUAGUUCUUUCUCCAAAUAUCGAAUUCUUUGGGUUUUGUUUUAUCAAAUUUUGUUAAACUGGAGAUUCAGGAUUGCACGGUCAGCGAGUAUUAGUUUUUUCAGCUCUUCUUUGAAUGGAGCCAGCGCGACCUUCCCAGGAUUCGAACUGCGUUCCAUUUCUCUUCAGUUUUUGCAGAGAUACGGCUCAGGGAAAUACUUAAUCACUCGAUUGAGCUCAGGACAAUUUCAGGCCAUUGAUUAUGAUAAUGAGGCCAUAGCAAAAUUAGCGAGUCAUCCACAAUUCGCCAAUGAUUUGGCUGCGGUUUAUUCGUACCACUUUGACUCUCUCUUCUUUUUCCAUUUUGUCGUCGCUCUCGUCCUAUUUGCUGCUUCAAGCUUGCUGAUGGUCCGUGUGAUUUUACCCAGACUUGAAUCGGAUGCCCCAUUUCAAAAGAUGUCACAUAAAUCCAAGGAAGACGACAACGGUGUUUUUGUCAAAAGCACGAAACAGCGUGAUCCAGGUACAUUUUCUGUCAAGGAGCUAUCGGCAGCAGGCCAUUCUCUCGAUAUUAUCAAAAUCUGUGCCUCCCAUUGCCCAUUCAUUGUUUCUGCUAGUAUGGAUCGCGGAUUAAAAGUCUGGUCUCCUUUACUGACGCCAGUUCCUGUUCCAACUGAUAUACCACUUCCACGUUCCCUUUGGCCUCUUUCAAAAAUUGAAAUGAGUGACGACGGGAGUCACAUUGCUUUCUUCAAUCAGACGGGCUCCGUUACCUGCUGGUCCCGCAAGCAAAUGGCCUUUAUAUGGUCGAUACAAAUUGAAGAUUUGGCGCCAGGGCCGCUAGAGUGCCAUUUUCGCUUAAAAACAAUACCUGCAUUCAUGAAAAGGAAGGCGAUGUUGAAAAGGUCUCAAAAGGAGGCUGAUGCCGACUCGCAUGCGCGCCCUACUCUGAGCAGAAGAAGUAGCGUGACUUCCGUUCUCUCAAUGCAAUCUGUCGGGGCGGGUCCGGGUCUCGUGUUGAAAAGUGUGACCGUGCCAUAUGGUGAUAAUCUGGCACUCCCUGACGAAGACGAAGUCAAUGAGCUUGUCGUAGUUUCAAGCCAAGGUACCAUUUUUUGCAUCGAUAUUCAAGGCAACGUGGAGCGGUACUCGAUAUCGAAUAGCGAGCAAAAACAGAGGCUGAUUACAUGCAAGCGACUUCAAACGCCUCGAGUGAACGAUAGGUUGGUGAGUCAUGAUGAAUAUGGAAACCUGUUUAUCUCAACUGUGGUUAAUAACAAGUGGAAAACGAGGAAAGUGAACAUAAUGAGAGGUGCAUUCAACAAGGGCCGAAAGCUUAUGACUCCAGCCUCUCUGAAUGCCCAAGAAAAUGCGAGCUUAGAAAGGAAUGAUGCGAAAGACACCCCAAUAAUUGCAGAUGAGUUUUGUCUUUCGGUGGUGCCAUUUGUUGGGAUGAUAUUGAUCACCAAUAAAAACAAAGCCGAACUCGUUGAUGCCCAAACUGGAACCUCGAUAAAAUUCUUUCAGCUAUCAGAUCCGGUUUUAACAUCUCUCAAAGUUUUCCAUGAUGAGCCAACACAUUGUCGUUUCUGCGGAUACGCAUCAGUCGGCUCUUUCUCCAUCGCUUACGAGAAUGCUAAUAAAGAACUUAACCUUCACACGUUUCAAUUGGAGAGCAGGACGAAAAAUAGCAUUUGCCUCCGUGUUGAUAGAGAUCCUCGAGAAAUCAGAUGCCUGGGUAUGGACUCCGUAGUAGAGAAAAGAUAUACUAUCCCGGACACUGAAAAUUGGAAUGUGACUGAUAGUAAUUUCCUAAUUGGCGUUAGGAGGAAAGCUAACAAAGAGGUAACAGAAGUUUGCACAUCUUCUGCAUCAACGUUGCUGACACACAGCAGCAUGACUGAAGCUAUUAAAAGGACAAAUAUUCCUCCAAAGAAAGUCCAAACCAAAACAUCUGUUGAUUAUUGCAUAAGCGAGAUAUGGGAAGGGUGGACAAUGAGUGUUAACGGCACAGUCACCUCUCACAGUAUUCCCUUUGGAGAAAAUGGAUUACUCACGACCAAAAUUGGGCCGGCUGAGAAGUUUGGAACCAAAGCUAUUGUUGUUGCUUUCGGAAAUAUAAUGAAAGUACUCUUUUUGGGUCAUGAAGAUCUACUGAUGAAUUUCGAGGGUGACACUAAUGAAGAUGAAACCGGUUUAAAGUUCGUGAACAAGAGGAGAACUAGAAUUGCUUCAAGGAAGUAUCCUAAUGAUUGA